CUAUUGUCAGUUUCAUAUAGUCUCAUGUACGAGCAAAAUGGCGAAGUGUCCGUCAUAGGCGGUCUUUUAUUCAGGGAGUUGGCGUUCCACAUGCUGCGUAGAAAUUGUUGUACAGUGAGAAAGUCGGAAGCAUGGAAUUAUUCCGUACCGACACGCAUUUCAUUUUUGUGAAAGAGAGGCACAGUCUAUGGUGUGACAAGUACACCGGAGAGUUUUCCGCUAAAUCGGAUUGGGAAUGGGCAUCUCCAAAAGAUUUGGAAUGUCUUGGAAUAUUUUAUGGAAUUGUAGGGAAAAUAGAACAACCAUGCGUAUUGGAACCUCGUUUAAUGUUGAUCAAAGAAGUUUCACCAGCUGGAGAGUUAUAUGGAGGUCAUAUUAUAUAUAAGGUCAAAUCAAUUGCAUUUUUGCAUCUUGGCAGUGAAAAUAAUGAUAUUGGACUUCUGCCAUGUAAGAAGCAUCAGAAUUUGCCAAAGAAAAAAAGUCAAGGUGGCUUGUUUGAUGUCCCACAAAAGGCAGCCUUUGCCAAAACAUGGGGAACUAUUAAAAGUGCUACAAACACAAUAAAAAAUACCACUCAACACGCGGCUGCACUUGCAACAUCUCAAGUAAAAUCCACAGUAAGUAAACGAAGCAUUGUUAAAGACAAGGAAAGAUUUGAGAAGAGAAUCCUAGAGGAGUUAAAUAAAAUUUUCACCGAAACUGACUCCUUUUAUUUCUGCCAAACUGGUGAUAUCACAAAUAGCUUGCAGAGGCUUUGUGUCACAGACUCACAGUGGAAUGAGGAACAACAGAAUAAACCACUUUGGCAAAGAGUGGAUGAUAGAUUUUUUUGGAAUAAACACAUGUUACAGGAUAUAAUUAAUUUAAAAACAGACAAAGCAAACUCAUGGAUAUUACCAGUUAUUCAGGGAUAUGUGCAAAUAGAAAAGUGUAAAGUAGAAGUGGGCAUCGAUGAACAGCCACACCAUGAAACUUUCAAUUUAGCAAUAAUAUCGAGAAGAAGUAGAUUUCGUGCAGGAACGAGAUAUAAGCGACGUGGUGUGGACGAUGAAGGAAAAUGCGCAAACUACGUAGAAACAGAGCAACUAGUUUGGUACCAUGAUCACCAAGUAUCCUUUGUCCAAGUACGAGGCAGUGUACCAGUAUACUGGUCUCAACCUGGCUAUAAAUACAAGCCACCACCACGAAUAGAUAGAGAUGAAGCAGAAACGCAAAUUGCGUUCGAGAAACAUUUUACCGAAGAACUAGGGUUGUACGGCCCAAUUUGUAUCAUGAAUCUUGUAGAACAAACUGGCAAGGAGAAGGUAAUUUGGGAAGCCUAUAGUAACCAUGUACUAAAUUAUAAUCAUCCAGAUAUAACAUAUACAACUUUCGAUUUUCAUGAAUAUUGUCGGGGGAUGCAUUUUGAAAAUGUAUCUAUCCUGGUCAAUGCAUUAGCUGCGGUAUUGUCAGACAUAGGGUACUGUUGGCGCGACAAGCAAGGCACAAUAUGCAUGCAGAAAGGAGUGUUUCGGGUGAAUUGCAUAGAUUGUUUAGAUAGAACGAAUGUGGUGCAAACCGCUUUAGGUAAAGCUGUGAUGGAAAUGCAGUUUUCAAAGCUAGGACUAAUACCGCCGGACGGAACGUUACCGACAAAUAUCCGACAAACGUUUCAGUUGCUUUGGGCGAAUAAUGGCGACAUUAUCAGUAAACAAUAUGCCGGUACAAACGCCCUCAAGGGAGAUUACACAAGAACAGGGGAAAGAAAGUUUACCGGUUUAAUGAAAGAUGGCAUGAAUUCUGCAAACAGAUAUUUUCAGCAACACUUUAUGGAUGACAUGCGUCAAGCGGCGAUAGAUACCUUGCUAGGGAACCCUAUCGAUGUUAAUCAACUGAACACCGAUUGGUCGCACUAUUUAGACAUCCUUGACAAUUGCUGCCUUGAGCUAAUACCCGUGAAACCACCAAACAUAGAGCUUCAACUUGCUACUUAUCCUGACAUUCUCUAUGCCAGUGCUAUGUAUGAUUUGGCAAGAUACUAUUUAAAUCGCUUCAAGGAUGUCUAUAGGCAGGCCACGAUCGAUAUGAUGUUAGGAAACUCGGUGAACGAAGAAGUAUUUCAAGAGCGUACAGAAGAAGAAGAUAAUGCUGCUACAGCGAUUCAUGUAAAAUUGUUGAUAGAGGAUUGCAAGAAGCUGCUUAUACCCGAUCCAGAAGUUAUUUUAGGCAGUUGGGGUCUCAUAGAUGCUGAUCCUGUAACUGGUGACUUAACAGAGACAGAAAUGGACACUAUUCUAAUAUUAACACGAGAUAGUUAUUAUGUAGCUGAUUAUGACGAUCAAAUCGACAAAGUCACAAAUUACCAAAGAGUUCCACUCGAAGACAUUAUACUGAUCGAGUUUGGCCAGCCAGAAAGCACUGUCUCCCUUUUUAAAAAUAAGCAUUUCUACUGCAUUAGAAUAAAUUACAAAAUGGCCAACGAGUACGGUUACUUUCACAUGUUCCGCAGUACAAAUUUACGAUUUUUUAAUAACAUGGCUGUUGUUAUAAAGACAGAGGAAGAAAGUAUAGAGUCUUUAAGAUCAAUUUGCGAGGCUAUCUCUGUGGCGAUGGAAAUAGCCGGUUUACCAAAGAUUCCUAUAGCAAUGAACGUCACGUUAGAUAGACGAAAGAGUAAAAUAGUGAAUAGCAGGGGAACCACGGGUCUACUGGACAUUUCGUCAUUCCCAGAAUUGACUAGAAAUGUUUCAGAGACACAGUUACUAGCUCUUAAAAGCGCAGGGACGAAAGCUUUAAGCAACAUGACGGAGCAAUUUAGCAAACUAAAUAAGUUAAGUCAUAGCUUUAGCGCUAGGAAACCAAUUGACAUAGCAAGAAGCAUAGGUAGAAGGUCUGAGGCACCUCUGAAGCCGACAUUCACCGUUGGUAGUAGAGACAUCUCAGGCAAUGCGCAAGGGAAACGUAACAGUGGCAAUAGCAGUAGUGACGACGAGGACAUUGACGUUCCUCCUGCUCCUUUCGAAAAGCCAGAAAGUUUCAGUCACAAUAAGAAUCUAAUGGAGGCGUAUACUCCAUCUAUUGGUAUCAUAAUGGGCGUUAAAAACACGGACGUAGUGGAAUCUCGUGAGAAUAAUGAAGACCAAGAUUUUUCGAUACGCCCUAAUAAAUUCUCUGAACAGAGUUCCGAUAAGGAAGCCUUACGCGUGCCAGAAUCUGGUUCUGGUACCAGUACUGUUAGUGCUUCUCCUCAAAAGACGCCUGAAAUAACUAUACAAAAUGUAACUGAGGACAAAGAAAGGAUGCUACCACCAUUAACAUUGAAUCUGUCCAAAAACAUCAGUCAUUCGACUGGAGAGGUUGAUAGUAAGCUGACACUCAGUAAUAUAAAUGGAAGCAAAUUGCAGACUGAGAAUAGAUUGCAGGAUAAGAAAAGGUCCACGUCUGAGCAAGAUUUAAGUCUAAAUAUUACAUCUUCUCAGAGUGAGUCUGCUUUGAAGUCAAUGAAGACUAACAUAAUAAACGCAACGAGUCCUGUGGCAUCUACUUCCAAAGAUAUCUUGUCACCUUUCUCAAAAUUCGCUAAAGGUGUGCAGACUUUAGGGGCAAAUUUGGAUCCUAGGAAGCUAAAGACAGGACAGGUAGGAUUACAGAGAAAUCUCUCAGAUCACCACGUAGAACAGCAACGAAAAUUGCAAGAGAGAUGGGGUUCAUGUCAAUCCAAGCUAAUAGCUUUAUAACUUUUCGAACAUAGUUCGAAGUCUGAAGUCUAGUAGCGAGUAGACAAUUAAAACCCACAUAAUUUAGAGACACUUUUGUAAAUAGGAUUUUUAAAUAGUCAUUUUGUUAUUUUUUAGCUUCUUUUAAUUCAGAAAAUCGGUUUGAACAUCUUGGUGCGCGUGUCUGAAUAUUUUCCAUUAUUUCUUAAACCUCAAUUAUUGCCAUCCUGUUAAUAAAAGCUUCGUGUAAAAGAAACAUGAGACGAUUAAUCGAUAAGAUACUCUCUAUAUAUUCUUACGCGUGGAGAAACUCACAAAUUACUUUCCAGAGUACAAUGUGAUCAAUAUUUAAUCUGCAUCAAGUCUAUUUGUGCGUAUCUACUUACAAACAAAUUUUCUAUUACUCUACAUCGAUGAAAGCCUACACGAACUGAUUGUUACCUAUUUUCAAUAUGCUUCCGACAUAUUUAUACGAAAUUUUCAUCGCGACAGCCUUUUUAUGGAUUUUACCAAACGACUCCUAGUAUUGCAUUUAGACAUUAGAGAUUGUGAAUUUAUCAAAAAAAAGAGCAAAAGGAAAAGAAAAAAGAAGAAGAAAAAAAGGAAAAGACACAUACGUGCUUAUACAAUAAAAUUUAAUCCCAGCAUUCUCUGAAGCCUUAACGCCUGCUGCAUAAACAAAUUUUUUAAUGGUUUUAUUUAUUUGUAAUAUAUGUCGUAGACUUUUCGUUUUCUAAAUUUCUGGAGCCACGUGUGAAAAUGACGUUUGUUUGACGAUUUGUAAACAUUUGUAAACCGAAAAUCUGUUUAUGCAGUAAGUUAAAUGAAGAAGCUUUGUAGUCAAUUAUGUACAUAUAUACGAAGAAUUACUUAAAAUUAGCAGUUUAAUGAAACGACGUUGCGAUUGCUGAUUGAAAUGUAAGAGCAAGAUGAAUUUGGCAAAGACGUUUUUCCGAAGAUAUAUAUGAUGUGCAAAAAUCUAGUAAUUAUUAAUUGUUAUAAAGUCUAGACGUAGACAUUCGACGAUAACAGUGGGUAAAUUCUUAGAAUUCCAAAUAUGAUUAAGUUCGAGAAUUAUUUUGGAUAUAGAAAGGGAAGGAAAAAGUGCUUUGUUGGUGAUCCAUUUUUUUUCUGUAUAUAAUUUCAUAACAAUUGAAACAUACAAUUCGUUCCAGAAAAAAGGAACAAUCAUAGUAUUCAUAUACAUGCACAUUUACAGUAUUAUGUAUAUUACAUUUAAUAAAUAAUAGGAAUGAGAGUUGCAUAUAUAUGGAUAUGUAGAUGAUAAAGAAAAAGCAGGUACACGUUGUUAUUUAAUACUAAUCUAUGUACGACGAUUUAUAUAUAUAUAUAUAUAAUAUAUGUAUAUAUAGACCAAAUAACACGAGUUACAAAUCUAGGUGGCUAUUUCUUUGUGUGUACAUACGAAUAAUUCAAUUUAGUGUAAUAAUAUUCUGUAAACAUGUAUUCAUAGUUGCACUGACACGUUAGGAGAAGUAUUACAAGGUAAAAGUUUUUUUAGUGAAUGUUUUUUCCUAACUGCAAACGGAUAGUCUGUGAUAUAUAAUCUAGCAGAAUGAACACAACCUAAAAUGAUUAGAAGAAAAAAAAAAAAAGAAAAAAAAGAAAAGAAAAACAAAAAGAAGGCCGUGAAAAUAUAAGGAUGUGUCGAUUCUGUAGAUUCUUUAGAGAUGCUUUAAAACGAAUAUAAAAGACAAAACUGUUUUCACUCGUUCUAACAAAAUUCAAUACACGAAUCUUAUUCUGAUUUAUUAAUUCUAGGUAUAUAUACAUAGACCAGCUUAUUUUUAAUAUAAUUUUAACGAUCCACGAGAUAUUUAUAUAUCGAUGCAGUAUUAGAAAGAAAAGAAUUACUGAAGGAAAUGGAAAAUUUAUAUAUUUUUUUGUUCCCUUUUUCGUAUUAAUACGUAUAUACCUAUGGUCCAAUUGAAAUUAGACAUUCAAAUAUUGUAAUAUAAUAUAUUAUUAUCUGUAUUUUUAUGACAGGACAUUAUAAACAAACAUGACAAAACAACGCACGAAGAUAUUUAUAUAGCCUGUAGAGGCUUAAAUUGCCUUAUGUAUAUGUAAUUCAUACAUAUAAACGUAUACAGAAUAUUUUGUUUAACUAAAAAGGGUAGAAUGUUUCACGAAGGAUUAAAGUUAUCAAAAAAUUGUUUUACCAAAAGUGGGCAUUCUAUGGUGCAAAUUACAUUUUUGCAUGUGAAGUAGUGGAGUAGUUCAUUUUUUUAAACGGAACCGUGUAUUUCGUAAUACAUUAAUUGAUCCAUCUCGGAAUUUCCUAUAAGAAAAGUAUUAGCUUACUUAUAUUGAAAAACUAUUAAUUUAUAAGAUGUUUAUGGGAUGUUGACUUUAAUUUGUAAAAAUUAACGUAUGAGAGACAAAGAGAAACGAAAUACCUUUUUAUAAGGAAUGUCGAGAUUAAUGUAUUAUUAAAAAAUAUAUAGUUUCAUUUAAAACAGUGAAGUUGACUUUAAAAUUUUUCUUUAAAAUUUGACUUUAAAAUAUGCUGUCUCCCUUCAAACUAAGUAACCUUUGUUAAAACAUUUUUUUGAUAACUUUAACCUCUCGUGAGGUAUUCUACCAUUUUCGGUUAAACGAAACAGCCUGUAUGUGUGUGCGUGUAUGUGAUACAGCAAACACCAUAGCAAUUGUAGGAAAAAUGUUAUAAUAAAAUAUAAAUAACUCGAA